CGCCGCCCGCUCAGUCGCACGCCGCUCGCGACGCAAACGCAGGCUUUCGCGGAUACCUAUCUAUCUAAUACCAAAUUUAAGAGCUGCUGAUGAAUUAAGCUCCCCGGUAUGGGGUGGAACACGGUUCUCUGGUGUGCACUGUGGUUAUUAUUUACUCACACAGUCGCGUCCCCGAGAUCCGACAACUUGUCCUUCGUGAGAAGUGCCGUGGAGACGGUGCCUGAACAUGACCCAAUACCUGCGCCGAUACGAGCGUCAGUCGAAAGCAUUCCUCUAAGAAGUCUUCGAGAUGAAGGUGACGAAAGACUGCCACUGCGUGAUGCGGUAGAAAAAAGACCCAUUGAAGUUUUAAGCGACGAAUCCUUGCGCGUAAAUGUAGAGGACGUUGAAGAUAUUCCAGCAGGGGAUACAGACAACCUCAGACAGUAUUAUGGCGCCGCAAAUUACUUAAACAAGUUUCAGCUAGGAAAUGCUAAUCUACAAGAAAUGCAGCAAACUCCGACUGGUCCAGCAACUAAGAGACUGAUAGUAUGCUAUAUGGAGUCCUGGGCAGCAUACCGCGUGCCUCCCCUCGCGUUCACUGCGGGCCUGGUACCACGCACAUGCACCCACCUGCAUUAUGCCUUCGCGGUAAUGCAUCCACAUACUUAUGCUCUGUUGCCGGCUAAUGAAGAUUAUGAUAUAAUCAAGGGCGGGUACCGUAUUGCGACAGGUUUAAAGCGAAGACAAACAGGGCUAAAAGUGAUGUUAAGUGUCGGAGGCGACGGAACCGAUCGGCUGUUCAGCGAAAUGGUGCAGGAGUCAAACAGACGCAGCAACUUCAUAGACAGCGCUGUGAGCUUCUUGAGGGAACACGAUUUUGACGGUCUCGAUCUUCACUGGGUUUAUCCAGGUGAACGAGACGAAGAAGAAAAAGACAUGUUUACAACCCUUCUGUACGAACUGCGGGAAAAAAUGUCACCAUACGGACUUCUACUUUCUACAGUCUUACCUCCAUUCAGGUACCAGAUCGAAGACGGAUACGACCUAACCGCUGUGAGCGGCGCGGCAGACUACGUGACUCUGCAGGCGUGGGACAUGACCCACGGGAAACGGGACGAGCCUCCGCCGAAAGCUGUCCAGCAUAGCGCUCUGCACCGUGACCCCGGCGCUGCGUCCAGGGACCAGCGAUACGAUAACAUCGAAUUCAUGGUGAAAUACAUCCUUCGUCAUGGCAUGGCACCCGAGAAAUUAGUGCUCGGCGUGCCUUUGUUCGGUCGGAGCUACAAGCUGGUGGGUUCCACGCUGCCGACGCCCGGCGCCCCAAUCAGCGGCUGGGGCCAAGAGGGGCCUUACACCCAAACCAAAGGACUACUGGCUUACUUUGAGAUAUGCAUAGCUGAACGCGAAGGUAAAGGAACAACCGGGACCGACGAAGCUGGUAAUGCUUACGCCGUUUUUGAUGACCAGUGGGUUACUUAUGAUUCACAAACAACUAUUGCUGAAAAGAUGAGGUUCGUCAUGAAUUUGGGCUUGGCUGGAGCAGCAGCCUGGGCUAUAGACAUGGACGACUUCCGCGGUCUCUGCGGGUCGCCAUUCCCCUUACUAAGCACAAUUUCAACAAUGUUAAGCAAUGAACCCGUUCAAAGUGACCAGUCAUCCUUAAAAAUUGGUUCCUGUGAAUCUAUGAGGCCGUACUUGGCGUCGGAUGAAGAUUCUUGCGCGCAUUUCCACUUCUGCACUGGCGGCAUCAAUUUCAGGAUGGUUUGCGAAGAUGAACGUCUCUAUGACCCUUCCACUGGCUUCUGCGGACACCAGGAUGUUACCAAGUGUCUACCAGGCCAAAGCCUUAGGAUCAGCGUGGAGGAAGCAGCACGGUUAUUACCUCAUGCAUAUGACAAUGAUUUCGAGUGGAGUGACCAAAUAAAUCAUGACAUGAUGUUGAACAGAGGACCAGUUCAGUCUAUUUCAAUGUCUGAAAAUUUCAAAAAAAGUCCCGAAAACAACAAAAAAGUAGUGUGCUACAUGACCAGCUGGGCCUUCUAUCGGCGUGGAGACGGGAAAUUCGUUCCAGAGCAAAUUGACACCAGACUUUGCACACACAUAGUUUACGCCUACGGGUCACUGUCGCCGGAUGAACUCGUCGCUAAGGAGUUCGACCCAUGGACUGACAUCACCAACAAUUUAUAUGAACGUAUAACAUCUCUGAAAGACGUGACAGUUCUACUAGGAUUGGGAGGGUGGACAGAUUCUGCCGGAGACAAAUAUUCGCGCCUAGUGUCCUCAAGUGCUGCACGUGCCAAGUUUACAGAGAAGCUGGUGUCUUUCUUACGCAUGCAUAACUUCCGAGGUCUUCAUUUAGACUGGAACUACCCUGUUUGCUGGCAGAGUAAUUGUAAAAAGGGCGCUGCAUCUGAUAAAGCGAAUUACGCAAAAUUAAUACAGGAACUAUCAAAGGCAUUGCACGGGGCCGGAAUGGAGCUAGGUGUCGCUAUAUCCGGAUAUAAAGAAGUGAUAGAAGCGGCAUAUGACCUAGCGGCUAUUUCUAAAGCCGCUGACUUCCUGAGCGCCAUGACGUAUGACUACCAUGGCGGAUGGGAGACCACUACGGCGCACCACACGCCGUUGGUACCUUCUCCGAAAGAUACAAUCCCGUACUACUCUAUUGAGUACGCCGUGAAAGCUCUUAUCAGCGGCGGCGCAGACCCAAAGAAAAUUCUUCUAGGUCUCUCGUUCUACGGCCAGACGUACAGACUCGCCACGACGGGGUCCAGCGGCCCGGGCUCCGCGGCGUCCGGCCCGGGUGAACCCGGCGAGUUCACCAAGCAGCCCGGCAUGAUGGCCUACUACGAAAUUUGUUACCGAGUCAAAAAUCUGCGAUGGAAAACAGGGCGCCAAGACAGAGCCGGCCCCUAUGCGUAUUCAGAAAAUCAAUGGGUGGGAUAUGACGACCCCAAAUCCAUAACUGAAAAGGUAGAAUGGGCCAUGCGGCAAGGUCUAGGCGGGGUGACGGCAUGGGCGAUGGAUCUGGACGACUUCAACAACCGGUGCUGCGGGGAGCCGUGGCCGCUGCUGCGCGCCGCGGGCCGCGCGCUCGGCCGGCCCGUGCCGCAGCCUGCGGGCGCCUGCGAGCGUCCACCGCAGCCCGUCACGCCGCCGCCGCCUACCACAACCACCGUUGCAUCUGAUGGAUCCGUUGGUGGCGACCACGUCCACCCCGGUCACGACCACUCAACCACGCAGACCACCUGGCCCGCCUGGAAGCCGGAGAGCACCACCGCCACCACGGCGCAGACCUGGUGGUCUCAGCCCACCACCAUGAAGCCAACCUCCACAACACCCACCACCGCGCAGACCUGGUGGUCGCAGCCUACCACUACUACCAUGAAACCCACUACGACUGUCAGAACGACUACUACAAGAAUAACGACUACUCAAUCUUCACAAUCUGCGGAGGGCAAACCGUGUACUGCGGGAGAAUACCGUGACGCGGCAGGCGAUUGCGAAAGCUACCUCCAAUGCGAAGGUGGUGUUUGGCGCAAGCAUCGAUGUGCGCCUGGCCUGCACUGGUCCACCACUGCCACGCGCUGUGACUGGCCUAGCUUCGCAAAGUGCUCAACGUCGUCAAUCAGCGAAUCAACUACAGCUACGAGUACGCUCGCACCGAUUACAGCACGACCGCCACCGAGACCUACCACUACCGCCAAACCUAUCACUACCGCCAGACCUACCACUACCACCAGAGCUACAACUACCAGACGCUCCACUACUUCCACUACCACGACAACGCGUAGACCAACGACGGAAACAGCAAGUUCUGGGGAUUCCAUGGAAGGAACUCCUUGCAACGGCCAAACGUAUAAGCCCGUAACCGGAGACUGCAACGCCUACUUGCACUGCGAUGGGUCCGUGUGGCGCCGGCAGCGCUGCGCCCCUGGCUUGCACUGGAGCCCUAAGCUCAACAACUGCGAUUGGCCCAAAUAUGCUAAGUGUGAAAGUUCGUCAAGCACGGCCGCGUUGCCCACCCGAUCAACUACUCGACUCCCAACCAGACCCCCAACCACACCUCAGCCUAGCAACAUCCCCGACGAGGACAGCUCGUGCGGCGGCGGCGAGUCAAUGACAUCGGCCAACACCUGCGACGCGUACUUGCUGUGCGUGGGCGGCCGGUGGAGGAAGCAGCAGUGCCCGCCUGGCCUGCACUGGGACAAGCGGACUCAUCGCUGUGAUUGGGCCGAGUUCGCCAUGUGCGAUGUCAAACCUGGUGCCACGAAAACUCCGCCAACAUCCACUAAGAGGCCCCAACACUGGACUACCUCGAAGAAGCCUACUGAAAACCUUACGACCACACCAACGCGCUGUCAAACAGGCACAUACCACCCGCACCCCCAGUGCGAGAAGUUCUACGUGUGCGUGAACGGCCAGCUGGUGGCGCAGAGCUGCGCGCCCGGGCUGGUGUGGGGGCCCGCCGGCCAGUGCGACUUCCCGCGCAAGGACUCGUGCGGCGACCGCCGCAACAUGCGCCCCGCCGCGCCCGUCUCCAUGCAGCUGCAGGACCACACAAAUAUUUGUGAAAAUGGUGAAUACGCCAAGGUUGAAGGAGACUGCACUCGCUACAAACACUGUCUGUUUGGGAAGUUCGAAGAGUUCCCCUGUAGCGUCGGCCUUCAUUGGAAUGAGGACAAACAAAUCUGCGAUUGGCCUAAAAGCGCAAAAUGCAAAAGCAAAAGUGGAAUGACAACAGCAAGACCGAUGGUGGAAUUGCCUUCUAAGCCUGCCAUAGAUCACGAGCACACGGAGCACUUGGAACCGGCACGUCCAAUUGUUUCCACGCCCACUCCCACACAACCAGAAGUGCCUAAUAAACCAUCUCUGCUAAAAACUAAAUACAAAGUAGUGUGCUACUACACAAACUGGGCGUGGUACCGGCCAGGCCUGGGCAAGUACGGACCGGAAGAUAUCGACCCAUCUCUGUGCACGCACAUCGUCUACGGUUUCGCCGUACUCGGCAGCGAUGGUCUUAUCACCGCGCAUGAUUCUUGGGCAGACUAUGACAAUCGUCUAUACGAACGGGUAGUCGAGUACAAGCGCUACGGUGUCAAAGUUUCGCUGGCCCUUGGUGGCUGGAACGACUCAGAAGGAGACAAAUACUCUAAACUGGUGAACGAUCCCAUCGCUCGAGCUCGCUUUGUCACGCACGCUGUUCAAUUCAUUGAGACCUACAACUUUGAUGGACUUGAUUUGGAUUGGGAAUAUCCUAAGUGCUGGCAGGUGGACUGCUCAAAGGGUCCCGAUUCUGAUAAAGAAGGAUUCUCGGAUCUAGUUCGAGAGCUAUCCACCGUAAUGAAACCAAAAGGUUUGCUUCUAUCAUCAGCCGUGUCCCCCAACAAGAAGGUCAUAGAUGAAGGCUACGAUGUGCCUGUGCUGGCAAGAUACUUGGAUUGGAUUGCUGUAAUGACCUACGACUAUCAUGGGCAGUGGGAUAAAAAGACUGGACAUGUGGCACCAUUAUAUUACCAUCCUGAUGAUGAUACUACGUAUUUCAAUGCUAAUUACACCAUCCACUAUUGGAUGUCCAAAGGCGCGCCAUCACGAAAACUAGUAAUGGGUAUUCCGAUGUACGGACAAACAUUCACUACCGGGGUUCAAUGGGACACGGACCCAGACCUGCUUGGCAGACGAGAUGCCGUCGGGUUGAACGUGCCUGCCGUUACUGGAGGCGAAGCUGGCGAAUACACUAGAGCCAAGGGUUUCUUGGCUUAUUACGAGAUCUGUGAUCGAAUUAAGAAUCAAGGGUGGAUAGUAGAAAAGGAUCCUUAUGGAAGAAUGGGCCCUUACGCUUACAAAGGUAAUCAAUGGGUCGGUUUUGAUGACAUAGACAUUGUUAAGCAGAAGACGGAGUUCAUUAAGUCUUUGAAUCUUGGAGGUGGUAUGAUUUGGGCUCUUGAUCUUGAUGACUUCAGAAACAGAUGUGGACAAGGAAAACACCCGUUGCUCAACACUAUAAAGAAAGGUUUACUAAAUCCAAAAAUAGAAUUAGCGCCCGUUCGACCGCAGCCGUCCUAUCCACCAUCCACAAGCAGACCAUCAAUAGAUGACUACGAUGAUCUUGACGACAUAGAAGUAAAGCCCGGGUACCAUAAACCGACCUGGACAACUACUGUACGACCUAUGAAGCCUACUUCCCAAAUGAGCCCUAUUGUUCAGACAACCAAAAAACCGACUAUACCACAUGUUGAAGAAAGAUACAAAGUUGUUUGUUAUUACACAAAUUGGGCUUGGUACAGACCUGGAGCAGGGAAAUAUACUCCGAGUGACAUCGAUCCUUCGCUGUGCACUCAUGUUGUUUACGCGUUUGCUGUCCUCGAUGCUGACACAUUAGUUAUGAAACCACACGACACAUCUUUGGAUAUUGAAAACAAAUUCUAUGAAAAGGUAACAGCCCUAAAGAACCGAGGUGUCAGGGUUGUUAUUGGUCUAGGCGGCUGGAAUGACUCUGCAGGCGACAAGUACUCGCGUCUAGUGAAUAACCCGUCGGCCAGAAAGAAAUUCGUUAUUCACGCAAUAGAUUUCAUCGAGCAGUUCGGUUUUGAUGGACUGGAUUUGGAUUGGGAGUAUCCCAAGUGUUGGCAAGUGGAAUGCGAAAAGGGUCCCUAUUCUGAUAAGCAAGGGUUUGCCAGCUUAGUAAAAGAGCUUCGCUCUGCUUUCGAUUCUCGAGGACUUCUUUUAUCUGCCGCGGUUUCUGGUAGCAAACGAGUCAUCGACUAUGCAUACGAUGUCCCAACCUUAUCUAAAAAUCUAGACUGGAUAGCACUCAUGACAUACGACUACCAUGGCCAAUGGGAGACCGGUCACAUUGCCCCCAUGUAUGCUCGUGCAGAUGACGACGACUCUACUUUCAACGCAAACUUCACAGUCAGCUACUGGAUCCAGAGAGGCGCUGCUCGACAAAAACUAGUUCUCGGAGUACCCAUGUAUGGGCAAUCUUUCUCUCUCCUAGACAACUCAGCAAAUGGACUAAGCGCACCCGCAGACGCUGGCGGUGAACCUGGAGAUGAGACUAGAGCCAGAGGUUUUUUGGCUUUCUAUGAGAUAUGCGAACGCAUCAGAGUUCACGGCUGGCGUGUGGUCAGAGACCCUGGUGGACGUAUAGGACCAUACGCAACGCGCGAUGACCAAUGGGUGUCAUUCGACGACGAUUUCAUGGCGCGCCACAAAGCAGAGUAUGCGCGUGCAAUGGGACUGGGAGGAAAUAUGGUGUGGGCACUAGACCUGGAUGACUUCACGGGCCAGUACUGCGGCUGUGGCAAGAAUCCGCUAUUGAGAAGUAUAAACCAUGUGUUGAGAGGCAAGGAAGCUCCACCACCUUGUGAACUUCAAGAAGUACCCGGUGCAACAGUACCAGCAGCUGUGACGGAAAGCGCAACCGAUACAUCCAAUGAAGCCGAGUCCGCUGAAUCUGCGCCAGCUAUUCCUGAAAUAGACUCCGACAUUGAGACAAGUGGUUAUCUUGAUGGCAGGCCUUGUUCUGGGAUGAUGUUUAGAGGUGACGAUGAUAAUUGCAAUAAAUAUUACCUCUGUUUCAAUGAAGUAUACAUGCAGCUUACUUGUCCGGAUGGGUUACUUUGGAAUGGGAACCACUGUGAUGAACCGCAUAAAUCACGAUGCAGAACCAAAGCUAAUCUAAGAAUAACUUCGGGGGAAGGAACUGUCGUAGAAUCUGAAGAAAAACCGAUUGUUGGGUGUUAUUUCACUGACUGGGCUUAUUACAGACCUGAAAAUGGAAGCUUUGGUCCAGAUCAAUUAGACGCGUCCAUGUGUACCCAUGUUAUUUACGCCUGGGCUCAUCUUGACAAUAAAUCCUUCAAACUGAUCCCCGGAAAUCCCGAACUCGACGUUGAAUAUGAUUUCUAUGGAAAAGUCACAAGUCUCCGGCAUACUGGAGUAAAGGUGAUUUUGGGCGUCGGUGGUUUAGAAGACUCAGAGGAAGAAAAGUGGCGUGAAAUGGCUUCUACACCACAAAAUAGAAAGAAGUUCAGCAGAUCGGUUUACAAAUUCUUACGGAAAUGGAAUUUCGAUGGAUUGCAAAUUGCCUGGCAGUAUCCUGGUUGUAAACAGGUGCCGUGCUCAUCUCAUAGACAACUCACAGAUCGGGACAACUUCAGUUCGUUACUCGUUGAACUAUCGCAAAAGCUCCGGUCUCACGCCAUGGAGUUCUCCGCCAUGGUCGCGGGCCCUGAAAUAGCUGCCACGGCUUAUAACCACGAGGUGCUCAAAGAGAAUGUUGACUGGCUAGCUAUCGCUGCUAAUGAUUACUACGCAACGUCCAGUGGGCGAACCGGAUAUUUGAUGCCUUUGGAGACAGCAGAGCAAUGGGACAAUAACUUUAACGCAUCUGUGGAAUACUGGUCUAGUGUGGUACCCGCCAGACAGCUGGUGCUGGGAAUCCCAGCCUACGCCAGGACGUACUCGCUAAGGACGGUGGCCAACCGCGAGGUGGGCGCGCCCGCGUUCGGGCCCGGCGCGCCGGGACCCUUCACCGGGGUUCCAGGCUUUUUAGCUUAUCAUGAGCGCUGCGCCUUCAAACCAGAAGACUGGCACGAGACUCGCACUCGUAAAGGCACGUAUGCCGUAUACGGGUCGCAAUGGGCGUCGUACCUGCGUCCGGAGGAAGUGCACCUGAUGACGUCACUGGGCAUGCGCGCGGGGCUGCGCGGCGCCGCGCUGUGGGCCAUGGAUCUGGACGACUGGCGCGGCGCCUGCUCAUGCGUGCCGCGGCCACUCCUCACAGCUAUGAAGCAAGCCGUUCAUGAACCGCUGUUAGCACCUUCCUUGUGUUUAUAGAGGUUCUUUGUAAUUUUAAAGAUUAUAAUAGGUAGUGAUAGUUUUAGAGUACCUAAACACAAGAAGCAUUUUUUACCAUAGUUCUUAGAAAUGUAGUAAUUGGAUUUCUUUGACACGAGAAAACAAUAAAAACAUUUAGAGUGUACGUAUAUCCAUUGGAUACUAGAUAGACACAUUCGUCGGAUCGUUAUUGUUUAUUGUUAUUUGUAAAAAUAUACCUACUUAUCAUAUCUAACGUGCGUAAGUAGUAGAUUGUUUUCUCCUGUUAACGAUGAAUCCAUUUUUUUAAUAUAAGCAAGUUUAGUUAUUGCCCAUCAUAUGGAUAAAAACAAAUUGGUGAAUUUUGUGCCAACUGUUUCUAAAUGAGAUUGAAAAGUAAUAGAAAGUACUGAUAGCAUAAUAUGUACAGAAAUAUUAUUGUGAUAUUUUUUGUAGAAUAUAGACAGUUUCUUGAUUAA